AAGUCAUAUUAUUUUGAUUAAACCAGAACAGAUUGUAUUCAUAUACCUGGAAUACACUCAGAAAUAGUCACCGAUACUCUCCUUACAUCGCUUUCAUUACGUUUCGUCCCUGAUACGCCACUGUUUCUAAGCUCACAAGUUUACACACACCUGGAUAUAUUAAGCAACACACUGAGAAACGAUAGAUGUUUCACACGCCCCCCUUGAAUCAGCUGAAACGCUGGGAGCAGGAGUCCAUUAUUUACUCGUACCGUCCAGAAACCCAGGAGAUGCCGGUUGUAACUGCUCAGGAAGAGCCCAAGGAUACUCAGGAAGAGAACGCUAUCCCUGCCGCGCCAGAAGCUGAUAAGACUCAUUUAGAGCCUGAGAACGAUGUUUCAAAGUCAACCAGCGCUUCCCCUGAAACGGCUGUUUCGCCCGAAGCCUUCCCCGAUCAUGUGGCUGCUUCGGAUAAUACCUUCCCCGGCCCUGUUGACACCGACGUGGCGGCUGAGAAGUGGAAGAUGGACCAGUUGACGUUGAAGGACCUUCCACAAGACAUUUCCCUGUCUAUUGACCAGUUUAUGGGCUCGCUCACGGAGCCCAAAUAUCAGACGCCGUUGAAGCCUGCCAACGUGUCUGUUAUGUUCCAGAACUUCUACAAAGUACAGUCGCGCGUGAUCGUGGCCUCCAUUCAAGAAAAUAUUUCCAAGACGUACACAAGCCUUCCAGAGGGCGACUACCGCAAAACUUCCAAGGUAAUCCUCUUGAAGACAGCGGAGGAGUUGCGCUACGCAAACUUGCUCCGCACGAACCAGGAGCUCUUCACCUACCAGCUCAUUAAGUACUGGGAGCUUAGUGAGCGCUAUUUAUUUGGUGGCAUCUACAACAGGAUUUUCAAGUUCCAGAACCACAGCGAGUCGGAGGUGGAGUUCAACGCAUCACUAAACGACAAGUUGGAGUUGUUGAGGGACUUGUGCAUCCCGUUUGUGAAGCUCUUGGACAUUGGUAAGAGCGAUGCCUCUGCCAACCAGUGCUUCAGAAAUGAUGAACUACUUCUUCUGUACUACUUCAAGGACUCCUUGCAUGAGUUGGCCAAUUUAAAUCAGGUGUUCACCCCCCGCGAAAAAUUAUUGACGAUUUUAAAGACACACAACUUGAUCAUCAAAAACUUGAACGAAAUCAACAGCGCCGUGCAGACAGAGGACAAGCCAUUCCAUGUGAGCAACGACUAUAUCUUGCCCGCCCUCAUGUAUCUUUGCAUAAAUUCAUCAGUUGACGACAUCUACUUGAACUUCCUCUACAUCAAGCGGUUCUUCAACGAGCAAGACUUGCAUGGCGAGUUAAACUACAGUUUGACUAACUUCGAAGCAAUUGUGAUGUACUUGUCCAAGUUGACUGCUCAGGAGCUCGACCUCGAAAACGAAGGGAAGGUGUUAGGUGACCCAUUGUUGAAUGUGCCGUUGCCGUACGAAGACAUCUUUGUCCGGGUCAACGAAACUGCUCCUACAGUCAGGGUGACUGCUGCCCCUUCUGUAAACAACUUCAAGACAUUUUUGAAGGCCAACAGAUCGCGCUCCAAUUCCACAAAGUCAGUCACUAGCGCGCCUCCCGUCACCGAGACCGCCGGCGGUUUGUUUUAUAACGCACUCCCCUCUGCCCCAUCAUUCUUGCCAUCUGAUUUGCAUUCCUUGACAGAUCCUGGUGCGAUCAGAAAUCUUGGUUCCGCGUUAGAUUCCAGCUUCAAGGGGAUCUUGGGCCGUUUCAACCGCGCGUCUAGCGGCCCGCAACCCCCAGCUACUCUGAACGCAACACGAAGAUCGAACUCGAACUCUGCAUUAAGCUCUAUUGGGUCAAAUGACCAGGUGCCAUUAGUAGAUGACGGCAGUAUUAUGGAACUGAUUGAGGUCGAACAGACGGGCUACUUUGACUCUCCAUCGGCGGUUUCUCUAUCUUCGUCAUUCAAUCCGAUUGGCAAGUUUAACGAUGUUCUCGUGAAGUUUAAUGGUAUGCAGAAUAUCAGAUCUUCAGAUUCGUUGAGAUCUUUGAACGAAGAUCCAUUCAUCCCUCCUACUUCUCCCAUCAAGCAAAAGAAGAGCAGAAGCAGGGCUGCCAGUUUGAUUGAUAAGUUUGGGCAGUCCAUGCUCAAUCUGCACAGCACCAGCAUUUCAGCUGUCAUCCUGCACAACUCUAGUGACUCCUUAUCUACGUCUUCGUCAAAUCCGCUCAAGGAAGUUUUUCCUGUUCCAAUCCAGACUAUUGCCGAGGCCAAGAGUGAAUCCAGGGCUGAAAUAUCCAGAACGACAAAGUUACCAAAGGCCACUGGAAAGUAUGCCACUGGUGGGAAAGCCAAGAACUUUGAAGAUUUAUCAAUCAAUGAGUUGAAAGAUAUGUUUAUGAAGUACAACCAGUUAGUUGCUCAUGUGGCAAGUAAUGAUGGAUUUGAGGAUUCCUAGGCAUCAUACUGCGGUAUAGAAUGGCAUUUAUUUCGUAUGUUUUAAUGUUUUACAAUACGGUGUUGUAGUACUUGCUUUCUCAGAGUAUAAAGUGUCACUUACGGACGCAAGUCAUGGCUGCUCUCUAUUUUUUUUCGAGCUCAUAAACAUAGUAUCAGAAAGAAAAGCGUAUAAUUAAUGUUAAUCCUAG